AGUCCCAGAUAUAAAUAAGACCAACACGAAGUGCCUUUACAUUCUACUCAGACGCAGCGUCCGUUGGCAGACAGUGGUAUUUCGACUCCGUGACAUAAUUCAGCCCUCUCUUGGGGACAGUUGUCUCUCACGCAUAGGUGCACCACCACACAGAAAGGAUUUUGUUCCUCCGGAAUUUGGAAUUUUAUAAGAGGGUACUGCGAAGAAGUGCCGACUGCUUGUCAAUAACCACCAACAGUGGACUGUAAUACCGAGUUGCCGUGCAUGUGUGGGAAGGAUAUUUCAGACGGACAGAAGAUGCCUGCCGAUAUGAUGGAAAAAAACUCAUCCUCUCCGGUUGCUGCUACCCCAGCCAGCAUGAACACGACACCUGAUAAACCCAAGACGGCUUCCGAGCACAGGAAGUCAUCCAAACCUAUCAUGGAGAAAAGGAGAAGAGCCAGAAUCAACGAAAGCUUGGGACAAUUGAAAACACUUAUCCUGGACGCGCUCAAAAAAGAUAGCUCCAGACACUCAAAACUUGAAAAGGCAGACAUCCUGGAGAUGACCGUAAAACACCUCCGGAACCUCCAGAGAGCGCAAAUGACUGCUGCGUUGAACACUGAUCCCACCGUGCUGGGGAAAUACAGAGCUGGAUUCAGCGAGUGCACGAAUGAAGUCACCCGAUUCCUAUCCACCUGCGAGGGGGUUAACACCGAGGUCAGGACGCGGCUUCUCGGUCACUUGGCCAGUUGCAUGACGCAGAUCAACGCUAUGAACUACCCCACACAGCACCAGAUUUCUGCCGGGCCUCCCCACCCCUCAUUCGGCCAGUCCAUGGUGCAGAUGCCCAACUCAUCUCCGCAAGGCAACGUGAUGCCGCUGCCUUGUAAAGGUGGCUCUCCCCAGAGCAUGUCACCAGAAGCCACUAAAGUAUACGGCGGUUUCCAGCUCGUACCUGCCACAGACGGACAAUUCGCCUUCCUCAUCCCCAACGCAGCUUUUGCACCCAACGGUCCAGUUAUCCCGGUGUAUGCGAACCAGGUCAACACGCCUGUUCCAGCGGCAGUGUCCCCCGGUGCACCGACAGGCAACUCGGACUCAGUGUGGCGACCCUGGUAGAUAAAAAAUAAAAUAAAAAAAGACAUAUUGAAAAUACUUUUCUAAUGACACUCAGUUCGAUCAUUGUUCAAUGUUACAAAACAUUUGUUUUGAUUUUGUUUUUGUACUUUCAAUGCGUUAAGAUGAAAAGAUGCACUAUAUUUGUAUAGUUUAUGAGGGAGUGAAGUUCAUAUUGGAAUGAGAUUUGUAUUGUUGAAGUCUUUUCACUGCAUUUUAUAUUCGAGGUGUCUUUUGUACUGUGUGAUGCCAAAGAUAUGUUGAAUGCCCUUGACGUAAUUCUUCGUUUUGGAAGACAAAAUAAAUUUGUAAAGAUA